AUGUCAAAUUCUGUAAAUUCAAUGUUAACAUUAGUAACAAGCUCUUUUGUUGCUUCGAUAACAUGUUUAAAUAAUAAUGCUUUAACAAAAAGUUACAUGUUAUUUUCAAAUAAAUUUGGAUUAUCUAAAAAUCUUUUCUUACAUUUGAGUCUUACAUGCAAAAAGACUAAUUUUGGUUGA